UUUUGAAGAACACCUUUCACAGAUGGCUGACAAAUUCCACCGUUCAAGACACUUCUAUACAGACGAGUCGCUGCUGAAUGAAAUUGAGCUCAUGAAGCAAAAGGCACAAGAACUUGAUAAAGAAGUGGUUACUGUGAAGAUGGAAAGUGAGAAGAAGAAGCAACAUCUUACAGAGUUGCAGGAAUCACUUGAAAGAACCAAAGCAGCGCAAGAAGAACAGGGGCUGUCAGCAGGUGUGCAGAGAGAAGUCAUGUCAAUGCUGGCUGGUGAGAAUGAGACUAUUGGAAACUUCAGACAAGGCAUGUCUGAGAGAAAGAAGGAGGUAGAUAGUGAGUUGGAGAAUCUUAGGCAGUGGAAACCACCCUAUGAAAUCACACAGGAGGAGUGAAAGACAAUUAAGAUUAAAAGGAA